CGGUGCCGCCCCCUCUGAGGCGGGAGCGCCCUCAGCCAAGGUGGCGGCGGCCCCGCCCCCCCGCCGUCACGGGCGGCCCGGCGCAGCCAUGGCGGCGCCCAGGGCAGCGAUGGCGGCUCCCAGCGCCGUGUGGCUCGGCGGGGACACGGUGGAGUGGGUGCCGUGCCCCUACGACGUCCAUCACCGUGUGCCCCGCGCGUCGCUGGAGAGGCACGCGGCGUCCUGCCGGCUCCGCAGGAUGGGAUACUCCGCCGAGGAGGAGGCCGAGAUGUACGACUCCAGCUUUUUCUACGAAAACCUGAAGGUUCCCACCGUCGCCAUGGAUAAAGAUCUACAGUUUCACAUUGUUAAGCAGGCUAGAGCCCAAAGCGUGAAGGAGGGUGCAGGCUACAGUGAAGGAUCUUACUCAUUGCUGCCCAUAGAAGUUCCUCAAAACCACAAGCGUUUCACCUGUGACCUGACCCAAGCUGACCGCCUUGCUCUUUACGAUUACGUUGUCGAGGAAACAAAGAAACAGAAGUCUAGAUCCCAGAUAGUGGAAAAUGACAGUGAUCUCUUCGUGGAUUUAGCAGCAAAAAUCACCCAAGAUGACAGUCAGAAAGGCCCAAAGUCCCAUCUUGAAAUUCUGGCUGAAAUGCGAGAUUACAAAAGGCGGCGGCAGUCAUACAGAGCUAAGAACGUUCAUAUAACAAAGAAGUCCUACACUGAGGUAAUUCGGGAUGUGAUUGGUGUGCAUAUGGAAGAACUCAGCAAUCAGUGGCAGGAGGAGAACAGGUUGGAUAAUGCAGAGAUAUGUGAAGGAGGGAAGUCAAAGUCUUCAGGAAGGUAUGCCACAGCUGACAGCUUCUUCAGGCAUGGAGCAGAUUGUCAUUUUAUCUUACCCCCUUCUUCUAAUAGCACAUACCAACCUUACCUGAGUCAUAUGCAUGGUUUAUUUUAUAUUAAUUCUAUUAAGUCCUGCUUGAGAGGCUCUGCCUGCAUGAAGGACAGAGAAAAUAAGUAUCUUUCUUUCAGAGGUAAGGACAUUAGCUGCACGUGAUUCAGCUGAACAGGUAGUUUCUGGUGGAGCUGGGGGAUGAAUAGUGCUCGCUCUGUGCCCAAAUAUGUAUAUGUGUUGUAGCUGGGUACAGAAGGACACUUGGAAAUACAAGUACAUAAUUUCUUACUGUUCCCUACCACAUGACAUGUGUUAGAUAUAUUACACCUCAGAGUAAAGGUUUCCAUAAUAUAAUAAAUAUGGGGAGGCUUUACAGUUCUUAUCCCUGCAAAUGCUGCUGUGCUAAUUGGGAGUGUAUUUAGCUAUACCUAUUUCUGCUGUGUCAAGCAACACUGUACACCCUUCCAAACGUUUGUCACUGAAGUAAACACGGAGUCAUGACCUUGUGAUUGCCUAUUUGUGCCUCUUCAGCAGGUCUUUGGGAGGAGAACGUUUUUGAAACACACUAGAAAGUGAUGCUCUCUUCCCAGCAUUAAAAUGAAGAUGAAUGGGUGGCAGAGCACUGGAACAGUCUGCCCAAGGAGGUCCUGGAGUCUCCCUGUCUACAGACAUUCAAAACCCACCUGGACGUGUUCCUGUGUAGCCUUCUCUAGGUGACCCUGCCUUGGCAAGGGGAGGGGAGGAGAAGAUCUCCAGAGGCCCCUUCCAACCCUAACAAUCCUAUGAUUCUGUCAGAUCAGGACUUAGGUUCUCCAGCUGUAGGUUGCAGCUUAAGGCAGGUGGUUGAAGAGUUAAAAGAUUUAAAGCAAAACAGGGUGAACCCCUUGUAUUGCCUCCUGUUUCACAAGCAGGUGUUAAGACUGAGGAGCAGUGUUUAUAGGAAAUAACUGGAUUAAAUAGCGUGCCGGGAUAUGCACAUGGACUUUGGGCCUCUUUUGGGAGGUAUUGUAUUUCUUAGAGAAAUAGAGAGGCUUAAUAAAAUAUAUGUCCUCUGUCUUACAUCAUUAGUAAGUCAUUAUAUUACAGAACUGGUACUGGAAACAGUGACUGUGAAGCUAUUUUCCUUGAUUAAAGUCACUUUAUUUUCAGAAGGGAAGACAGGCGGUCAGCUUCAGUGGAGUCGUGGCAGUCUGGGAGCAGCAGUAAGGAUACGGAGUGCACGAGGCACAGGAGAGACACCAGCAGGAGCCCAAGCAAGCGGAGAAGGAGUCGCGAGAGAGGCAGAGACAGAG